AAACAAGCAGUUCAACAUGGCGCGGGAAACCCGGGAAGAGAUGGAGAUGGAUACCCGCGGAGAGGUGGGCGAAGAGGCGGACGGUCUCCCUCUGACAACUUUAAAACUGUACGAGACACAGUUUUUCGGUUUCACCCCACAGACAUGUAUGUUACGGGUCUACAGUGCCUUCCGGGACUCCCUGUACGACAUUUUACCCGUGGUGGAGAAGGUGUGUGUGAGGCAGCUGAGCAAAGGCAAGUCUGACGGGGCCGAGGAGGUGAUCCAGACCCGGGCCCGGGAGUGCAGCCGGAAGCUGCAGCAGUUUCUGGAGAAGCAGUUCAAGAAGCUGUCGGAGCGGAUGGAAACACUGCUGAUCGACCGCUGCUUCUCCAUCCCGCCUAAUGUCCUCCUGCCCGAGGACCUGUCACACAGGAACUACCCCCAACACUUAGAGGAGGCCCUGAGGCUGGAGUCGUCCCACGCUGACCUCCAGAGAGCCUACGAAGCAGAGGUCUGUGCCAGACAGGCCCUGCUAGCUGAGCUGGAGGAGCAGAGGGAGGUGCAGAGGCAGCUGGAAGGCAUCCUGACGUGGAUCAGAGAGCUGCAGGCUGCCUGGGUGAACGAAGGUAACGGCAGCUUCCAUGACAGUUUCCGGCUUGUGAUGGAGUCUGUGAAGAAGCUGGAGGAGGCCGUCGGGGAGGUCUGCAACAGGGCGCCUCAUUGAACUGAACUCAGAUUUAUAGAUUUUGUAGACCGAUAUUACUGCCAGACUUUUAUCUAUUAUCUUAUUGUUCUUUGUCUAUUCUGUUUCAAUCUAUCUGAUGGAGAUGAUUUAGAAUUACUGAAUUAUCCCAGUUUUUAUCUGGUUUAUAAAUAAUAAAUCACAAAUGAAUUAAUCCUCUAACUUAUGUAAAUAUUGUGAAACAGCAUUUCUCAAGCGGAGGGCUUUAGCCAAGUAAAAAAAAUGUGGGGUUUUUUUCAUGUUGGACAGUACUUUUUCUCCGCUGUUUGUCACAAAGGCAGCAUUCAUUUCCUGUGAAAAUGAUGCCAGAACAUGUGCUUUGAUGACUUUAUGACCAUCUAUCAUACUUCAAUCUGAAUAAAGCUGAGUCAUCUUUUUAUAAACACACAACUGCAACAUCAGCAAA